UUCUUCCCCAUCGGAAUGAAACCCUAACCAACUCCCUCCAUUUCCAGCCUCCACUGUAUUUCUGUGCCUCUUUUUCAUCUGUUGGUUGCGGUAAACGAUUCGAGUGUUCGAGAAUCGCUCAACCCAGAAAUGGCCCCAAAGAAGAUGACUGAAUACGAGCGCAAAAGACUGGAGAACAUUAAGCGGAAUGAAGAAAUGCUGGCCGCCCUCAAAGUCCAUUCCAAACUCUCCCAACUCUCUGAGGCCACCAAACGCCAGAAAGCACAAACUAAAUCUUAUAAAAUCAGCCCUUCAAAGAAACAGAAGACGGAAACCCCGAUUAUUCUUCGGAGGUCUCUCAGGACCCGUGGAGUGGCACCAGAUGCUGACACUGCUGGUGGUCUUAAAGAUGAUUUCAAUGAAAACCAAAAGUCUAUGUCCAAGAAAAACCCCAGUUCAGAUUCAGACUCUGCAGUGGUCAAAAGAGCUAGUGAAAAAGGCCCUAUUACUAUGACUGAUGCUUAUAGAACGGAGGCCUCUGAUAGGAAACUCAUUCAAGCGAUUUGGCAUUGCUCAAGAGAAUCUGGAACGAAUGGAGGCAAUGAGGGUCCUGAGGUAUCUUCUGAUGUUAUCCGCAGGAAGGAAGAAAAUGAGGGCCUUGGAGACCCGAAAAGUUGGAAAAAGGUUUGGGGCUCGAUUGAUGUUGAGGCAAUGAAUUUGGAACCUGAGAAUGUUGCACGGAUAGUUCCAGGAAGGAUUCUAAAUGUAAAGUUUUUGCCGACUAGAGAUGCUCGGAUAGUUGUUGUCGGGAACAAGUUUGGGGACAUUGGUUUUUGGAACGUUGAUGCUGAUGAUGAGGAGACAGAAGGAAUUUAUCUAUAUCAUCCUCAUCCUGCACCUGUUUCAGGGAUAGUGGUCAAUCCAUUUUCUUUAACAAAGAUGUUUACUUCCUGCUAUAACGGGUUCAUAAGAAUGCUUGAUUUCGAGAAAGAGCUUUUUGACUUGGUUUAUGCCAGUGAGCAUGCUAUAUAUUCAAUGUCUCAAAAGUCAGAUGAUCCCAAGUCCAUAUAUUUUUGUGAGGGCAGUGGAGGACUCAGUUUAUGGGAUAUGAGGACUGGAAAGCUUUCACAUUCUUGGGAUUUGCACCAUAGCAGGAUCAACUCAAUAGAUUUCAAUUCGUGUGACACAAACAUAAUGGCAACAAGCUCAACAGAUGGGUCUGCGUGCAUUUGGGAUUUGAGAACUAUUGGUGCAAAUGGACCAUCAAGUUUGAAGAUCAUUAACCAUGAAAGAGCUGUGCAUUCCGCUUACUUUUCACCUUCUGGAAAGUUCCUUGCGACUACAAGUGCUGAUGACAUAGUAGGCUUACUGAGUGGAGAUAAUUAUGAAAAGAUGACAAUGGUAUACCACAACAACCAGACUGGUCGAUGGAUCUCCUCAUUCCGGUAAUCUCAAGUCUCCCAUGUUGAGUAUCUGUCUAUAAAUCUAGUUUUCUCUAGACUGAAAAUUAUCUUACAAAGUGUAGUUUUAUAGUUAUUUGUGUCUUAUAGUGAUAUUCGUAGCGAAAAGGAGUUUUUUAUUCUCUUAGCGACUUUCCUUUGAAGAAAUCUUACGUUUUUCUGCCUAAAGUUGCAAUAAAGAGCAGGGAAAUGGGGAAAAUGUGAGAAGGUGUUUUAUUUUUGGUGUGGCCUACUGGGCACUUUGCUAGCAGAGAAUCUGAAGGAUAGGAAACUACUAUCACAUCAUUCAGUACUUUAUUCAGUAGACUUGAUCAGUUUCAAGAGGAUGGGGAGAGGUGGGAUGGGAUGGUUGUUCAUGAUCUGGGUUCAGGGCAUUCGUAAAUAUGCAUCAUUAUUCCUUGGGUCCCAAAGUAAGAUUCCUGUUAUUUGUGCAAUAAUAGUUCAAGAAACAGGACUCUUAUGUUGAGACGAAGGGAGUAACAAAUAAACAAGUAUGGCUAAGUUUGGGUUCCGUGAAGUUUGAACUGCAAUAGUAACUGAAACUUAAUUUUUCUUUCGUCAUGCUCUCAUUCUGGUAAUUGGAAUUAUGGAGCAUCGGAAUCAUCUUCUAAAACAAAUCAUAUAAUUUUCAAGGUUUUUCAGCUCUGGAUAUGAGUAAUGGACUACUCUCCUAUUUAUUUUGAUCCAUCCCUCCAUUUGUUUAUCCAGGGGAAUUUGGGGUUGGGAUGAUUCACACGUUUUCAUUGGGAACAUGAGAAGAGGAGUAGAUGUCAUUUCCACGGCUGGAAAAGAUGUCGUUACGACCUUACAAAGUGAAAACAUGACUGCCAUUCCAUGUCGGUUUGAUGCUCAUCCGUUCGAAGUAGGAUUGCUAGCUAGUGCUACAAGCGGCGGUCAGGUUUACAUAUGGAGACCAUGUUGAUAACUAAUCCUCAAGUUCCAGCUUGUUUUUAUCUUUUUUGGUAGCUUUUUGUAGAAGCCAUUGCCCAUUUGUAUGUCUGUUUAGCUGCAGAAAUCCCUGAGAAAAAUGUAUUUAUUUCAUCUUUACUUGGUUGUGUAAGAAUCUCUGUUUGUGGUUUGAAAUUUUUUGGAUUGUCUUUUCUUAGAUAUCUACCAUUUCUUAUCCUUAAAUUAUACAACAUUUUCACGAGAA